AUGACGGAGGAGCUGGUAGCAUCCCGAGGUGGUUUUGGGCACCUCACAGUCCCCUUGAAGCGACAUGAGCACGCUUCGAAGCUCAUAAUCACGGAUGACUCAUGGGUUUGCAUAACCUUUCAUAAAAAUCGAUUGGUGUGCUUUGAUUGGAUUGUAUGUGGACCAAUCAGUCCACGGUUCGAGGCGUCUUCCGUAAACCCGAUGUGGUCCAUCGGCCCUCGUCAUGGUCGUCUAAACCUCCAUUCUGGUCAGUCCUCCGAACUCAGAUGUCAAGACAAAUUUGCAUUAUUUAAACGCCUUGCUGGCCUUUGGCAUGUGGCUUUUUGGGACUGA